AUGGCUGGUGCACUUCAAAACGCGAAGAAAGAUCUCCCGAAAAUUAAAGAUGAGGAAAGGGAGAGCAGGUUCGGACAGGUCUUUGGUGUAUCAGGACCUGUCGUCAUUGCGGAAAACAUGAUCGGCGCUGCUAUGUAUGAGCUUGUUCGUGUCGGCCACGAUGAGCUUGUUGGAGAGGUUAUCAGGAUCGAAGCAGAUAAAGCAACCAUCCAGGUUUACGAAGAGACAUCUGGGGUCACUGUUGGUGAUCCAGUACUGCGGACGGGCAAGCCCUUGAGUGUGGAACUUGGUCCAGGCAAGUAUCGUACAUUUUCACUUUAUAGCAUCCAAGAACUAUCCCAAUCCAUUUAUAUUCCUCGCGGAAUAAAUACAGAUGCACUUGACCGAAGCAUUCAAUGGGAUUUUACACCCACCACCUUCAAGGUGGGCGACCACAUCACAGGAGGUGAUAUCUUUGGUCGCGUUUAUGAGAAUUCUCUGGUGGACAACCAUAAAAUUAUGCUAUCCCCCAGGGCGCUUGGAACAAUCACCAGCAUCGCGCCUAAAGGCAGUUAUGCCGUGGAUGACAUAGUCUUGGAGACAGAAUUCAACGGAAAAAUCACAAAGCAUACAAUGAUGCAGCUUUGGCCUGUGCGAGCACCCCGACCAGUAACCGAGAAACAGACUGCCGACUAUCCCCUCUUAACUGGUCAACGUAUUCUAGACGCUCUAUUCCCGUGUGUCCAAGGAGGGACAACCGCAAUUCCAGGUGCUUUCGGUUGUGGAAAAACCGUCAUUUCACAAGCUCUAUCAAAGUUCUCCAACAGUGAUAUUAUCGUCUACGUUGGUUGCGGAGAACGAGGAAACGAGAUGGCAGAGGUCUUGAUGGAGUUCCCUGAAUUGACUAUGGAUGUCGGAGACCGUCAAGAACCUAUCAUGAAGCGUACGACACUGGUGGCUAAUACCUCCAAUAUGCCUGUAGCCGCUCGUGAGGCCUCUAUAUAUACUGGAAUUACCCUUUCGGAAUACUUCCGUGAUCAAGGCUCAAAUGUUGCCAUGAUGGCCGAUUCCACUUCUCGAUGGGCAGAAGCUCUGCGUGAAAUUUCUGGACGUUUGGCAGAGAUGCCCGCUGAUUCUGGGUAUCCUGCUUAUCUUAGCACAAAAUUGGCGAGCUUCUACGAACGUGCGGGCAAGGUUAUCUGUUUGGGUAAUCCGUCUCGUCAAGGAACAGUCUCAAUUGUUGGAGCUGUAUCUCCUCCUGGAGGUGAUUUCUCUGAUCCUGUUACCGCUGCUACCUUGGGCAUUGUUCAGGUCUUCUGGGGUCUCGACAAGAAAUUGGCGCAGCGCAAGCAUUUCCCGUCAGUCAAUUGGUCUUUAUCUUACUCCAAGUACACCAAAGUUUUGGAGUCGUACUAUGAAGCAAACGAACCUGGCUUUGUUGAGCUACGCACCAAGACAAAAGAAAUCCUUCAGAAAGAAGAGGAUCUUGCCGAAAUCGUGCAACUCGUUGGGAAGAGCGCUCUGGGUGAAGGCGACAAAAUCACUCUAGAAGUUGCACGCAUGCUCAAAGAUGACUUCUUGCAACAAAAUGGUAUCAGCGAGUACGAUCGAUUCUGCCCAUUCUACAAGACCAGUGCGAUGUUAAGAAACUUCGUCGGAUUCCAUGAUGCUGCCGUAAGAGCCGUUGCACAGAAUGACCUCACUUUCGCCAAAAUCAAGGAUUCGGCGAGCGAUAUCAUGUUCAAGUUGUCUCAGAUGAAGUUCGAGUCACCUUCUCAAGGCAAAGAACCCAUAAAGCAGAAACUGGAUGCUCUUUAUGGUGAAAUUCAAGACAAAUUCCGACAGUUGGCAGAAUAG